AUGGAGGACCCCUUUGUGAACAGCCCUGAUGGGCCUGCCGCUUCUCGCGAUUCCCACCGGUACUCGUCCUUUGACACCCAGCUGCUCAGCCUGGAUGCGUCGUCCCCGUCUCAGGCCAAGCGCGCCCUCGAGGCCCACCUGGCCGAGACGGAGCGGCGACUGCAGGAGGCUUCGAAGCUGGGCACUGCUCUCGUGGAGCAGCAGCAGAAGCUCACCGAAAAGCUCAGAGAGGUAGAACGCCAGCAGGAUGAAGGCGAGAUCGGGCCCGAACUGCGUCGCAAGCUCAUGGAGCUGGAGAGGGAGUACAAUGAGAUUGGUAAGGAGAGCGCGCGAGCCUUCUUGGCUCCCAAGCGACUGGUCAGCACCGGAGACGGCACGCCUUCGGGUGAACUACGGUCGCCAACCAACUCGUCGGUUUUUACCAGCCAAGCGACCGCCUCGCCCUCCAAAGUCAGCGUCCCCUCACGCAAGCAACGGAACCAGCAGUCGAGCCGCGUCCAUGACAUUGAAUUCGCAACGGAAAUCUCGACGUCGCUUCUUGCUCAAGUUCGUCAGCUGCAGGCGCUCCUGGCUGAGCGGGAUGAGGCCUUGAAAGCGGCCAAUCUGGAAAACUCAAGGCUGGAGCUGGAAGCGGAGGGAUUUGCCCAGCGCAUUCGAGCCCUGGAUGAAAGCGAACAGCGUUACAAAGACGAGAACUGGAACCUCGAGACCCAGACGCACGAGCUCCAGAAUACCAUCAAGGAGGCUGCCGAUCGUGAAAACCGCCUCAACAACACCAUCAGCGCCCUGACGGCCGAAAAGAACAGCGUCGAGCGCGAGCUCGAAGAGUUGAAGCAGGCCAACGCCAAGCUCCUCGAGGACCAAGCCGCCGCGCAAAAGGCGCACGACAGCGAGGUGCAUAUGCUUCGCCGGAACCUGAGCAAUGGGGACGCGGAACGACAAUCUCUGCAAGCCAAGGUGGACGAGUUGACCUCGCAGAACCAGGAAUUGGUCAAAGCCGUUUCCGCGCUGCGGGCGCGACAGCAGGAGAUGGAAGCUCCUCGAGUCCAGACUAUCGAGCCGGAGGACAACAUUCCCGAUCAACCGACUCCGGAGAACACCCCGCCGCCGUCUCCCAACAAGCCCACGCCUCGUCAUGGCCAUCUGGAGACCGAGACCCUCCGAAGCUCCCUUGGUCACGCCCAUCGCAUGAUCCAGAAUCUCAAGAGCACCAUCCACCGCGAGAAGACCGAAAAGAUCGAACUCAAGCGCAUGUUGCAGGAGGCCAGGGAUGAGCUGGAGACUCGUCGUCGUGAAGCCGCCGUUCCGGCAGCCAGUCAUCAUCAUCAUCCGAAGCGCCAGAAGAUCAAACCGGAGACGUUCAAGAAACCCAUCGUCCGGCCGGAUUUGCUUGGUCCCGCCAGGAGAGGCAGGACGACGGAAGUGGCCCUGGAUGAGCCCGACUGGGAGGACCACACCAGCGAGGCGAGCCCGACGCGCACCAUCCGGUCAGCCAAGGGCAGCAGCCCUCGGCGUUCGACGGACCUAAGCGAGGCCUACCAGACUGCCACCGAGGCCGAUGACUCUUUCGAGACUGCCAAUGAGCGUGAAACAGCGACCGAGAGCGAGGCGUUCCAGACGGGUGUUGAAAGCAUGGCCGAGGACAGCGCCGACGAUCUCACGGAAACCGAGGAGCGGGCCACUUCUCGCGGAGGCACGCCACGGGCCCGGAGAGUGCCCUCUUCGUUGCAGUCUGGGGCUGGUGACCGGACCUCCUAUCACAGCACGGCAUCGACUUCGGAAGAUGAGGCGGAAGAAGUGCGGACCCCGGUGCAGUCGCCGCCCCCGCGAUACCGGCUGAAGAUGAACAGAGGCGUUCUGAGGCGCAUCCGCCCCUCUGGCGAGGCUCCCAUGGCCGAACCGAUGAGUCCGCGCGAAACACCGGCAAGCCCGACGCAGGGAAGGGCUCUUCCAAUGGGCCAGAGUCUGUUUGCGGAACUGGAAGAGUUGGGUUCUGGGAAUGAGGGAGACUUCGGCACGCCUGUGCGAUCAUCCUCUCAUGGUUUCUCCCAGCCGUCUACUCCGCUCCAGAAUUCCGUGGUACUGGAUAGAAGGGAUUCGGAGGCGACGUUACCUCCGCCCCGGUCGCUUAUGGUUGAUUCUUCAACGAUGACGGAGCCUUGGGAACAACCUCCUUACCUUGCUUCCCAGGUUUCAAAAGAGACCAUUCGACCCGAGAGACCGCUCACGAUUGACACCAAGACUAUCCCAACGUUGGUGGACUCUUCAACCCAGUAUACACCCACGAAGCCAUCGGCGGGAUCAAAUGGCGAGCUGCCCACGUUCCCUACGCCGCCGAAGACCAUUUGGGACGAGUCCGCGUCGGUCAGGCAGGGACAGGUCUCUGCCAAGGAGGAACCAGACUCGACAAAGGCCGUGCAGGUACAGUUGGAUGUUUCAGCGAUCCAGGCGGUGGAGACAGCGCCGGUCGCACCAGUCGUUCCGGAGCUGAAACUAUCGACAAUCUUGACUCAGGCGACGGAACCGGUCGCCUGCAAGUUGCCAGAGCCCGAACCCGUUGUGGUCGUCGAGCCAGAGCCUACCAAAGCUGCCGUGCCGCAAUUGUCUGUGUCUUCCAUCUACAGUGAAGAGACCAUACCUGUUGCUCCUAAGUUGCCCGAGCCCAAGCCCGAGCCCGAGCCUGCUACGGUUAUCGAACGCGAGACUCCCGACAGAGCUUCACCGCAAUUGUCCCUGUCGUCAAUCCAGGCAGAACAGACUCAACCUGUGGUGCAGCCGGCGCAUGACGAUCGUCAGCGUUCCGUCCCUGAGCUCUCCAUCUCGCCGAUCCAGUCAGCAGAGACCAUCCCCGUUGAACCUGUCCUGCCAACUCCCGUUCCCGCAGUCUCUGUUUCCCCUGCAGAUGAAUCGCCUGAUGAAAGGCCAACCACUGCUGUCCACAGAGGAGACGUUGCCGUUUCGGUGCUCGACAAGAAACCGUCCACCGUUGUUGAAGACGACGCCAGCCAAGACAUCGCUUCGGACGCGGAGAAUAAGGCUAAGGAGGCGACGAGUGUCAUCUCCGGAAAUGUUGCUCCCCCCGAGACAAAGAAGGACCUUACUCCGGGUGCAGACAAGGGUGCCCAGACCAUCCUGUCGGCCAAACAGAUCGACCAGCUACUCUUGGAGCGUGCAGCAGCUCGUCCUGUCACU